AUGUAUAAGGCACAGCCGUACGCGCAGAAAGUAGCUACAAUGACUGUUCAAAUUUUCCAAGCGGGUCCUGGUGACGUCGACAAGGUUCUUCCUCUCUAUUUGGGAUAUCGCAAAUUCUACAAGCAGGAGGAGAAAGCGGACGAGGCCCGAGAGUUUAUGCUCAAGCGCUUGCAGCUCCACGAGUCGAUUGUAUUCUAUGCCGAGCUUGAUGGCAAGACUGUUGGAUUCACCCAGCUUUACCCGCUCUUUUGCUCUGUGCGUAUGAAACGCUUCUGGCUACUCUAUGAUCUGUUUGUUGACGAGUCUGCACGCAAACAUGGUAUUGGCGAGAAGCUUCUUUCCCGCGCUGAUCAGUUGGCUCAAGAGACGGGCUCUUCUCACUUGAUGCUGCAAACUGCCCACGACAAUAAGACUGCCCAGUCUCUUUACGAACGCCACGGCUAUGUCCGUGAUGAGCAUUUCUAUGUUUACGAUAAAGACAUUGGUCCCACUGCUUGA